ACGGGAAGCAUCACGUCAGAGAAACCCAUAAUGCCACGGCGAAAGGGCAAAGGCUGCUCGCUUUGCUCGAAGCGGAGGAUCAUCUGCGAUCUUGGCCAACCGAGUUGUCAGAAAUGUCUUGGUAGGGGAUUCACCUGUCCCGGGUAUGGACCGAAACUUCGAUGGGUUCAAGGCGUUGCUAUCCGUGGGAAUCUUCGAGGUGUUCAAUAUCCUGUCCCCGAGUCUCCAGAAUCCAUCUCUUCGCCAAGCUUUGACAGGAGCACCCAGCAACUGUUAGACUAUUAUGACAAGAAUAUCGCCGGGUUGAUGGUCUGGUUCGACACUGAGAAGAACUAUUACCGCCAAAAGGUUCUACCAUUAGCUCAGACGAAUGAAGCAGUCCGCCUCGCUAUAUGCGCUGUCUCAGCUCAACAUGCAUCAAGGGACUUCACGCCAUCAACUGUGUACGAGAAAGAUAGAGACCAUGUCUUAUCAAUGAUCAUGCGUGGGGUUGGCGACAUGACAUCUCAUCCUAAGCUCACAGUGACUGCUGAUACAGCAGAAUGGAUGCUAUCGUCGAUGAUGGUCCUGUCGUCCUACGAGCUAGCUCACACUGGCGGUGCAGAUGCUGCUGACUUUCAUCGAAAGGCGGCUCGUGCUCUGGCCAACACUUUAUCGACCCUAGAUUUUCCGAAGAGUAGCCUUUUCGGCUUUUUGCAGAAUCAGCUUUCCAUGUAUGAUAUUUUCGCAUGUACCACUAUCCUAGACGCGACAGACGUGCAGGAUGCGAUUCGACCUGUUGAGUAUGGGGAUGAUAGGUCGUUCUCGGCGUAUCUACUACUACUUCAUGAUGCGACGCUCAUAUCUCGAGGAUGUUCGGCUGGGGACUCAACUCGCGAUUGGAGGGCGGAGUUUAUCCAAGCACGAGGGGAGACGUUGAUGGAGGUUGGCAGUAGCGGGGUCUGCUCGAGUGCUGAUCGCGGGGACUUUAUACGGCUUGUCGAUGCCUACCAUAAUGCUGCGCUGCUGUACACAGCACGAUGCCUUGGUCAUCAAUAUGGCCCCGAAGAAACAGUUUGUCUCUCAGACUUGUUUCGACUACUGGCAGGUAUGGAGAAUCUACAUGGAUGUAUCCAUAACCUCGCAUGGCCAAUCUUCAUUGCCGGGACAGAAUCCUACGGCGAUGAUGACAAACAACUCAUCGUGAGAGACCUAUACAAGAGCUUGUCCGAGGCCACAGGCUUUAAGCACCACGGAGAUGUUCUCACUUUUCUCGAGACUUUCUGGGCCAGUGGAGAUGCAGACUGGCGCAUACUAGCAAAGCAAUGGGGAGAUCUCGGUAGAAGGAUCCUGGCAGUUUGAACAACUAUCUACUUCUUGACAGUCUCUUCAUCCUCGAUUCCAAAGAUGACCUUCAUCGGAUCUCGAUACUGGUAGUAGCCCAAAGCCGGUGGACACAUGCCAUACCCCAACAGUCUAAGCAUCUUGGGGGGAAAGUUCCGAGCUUUUGCAACCUCUGGUGGAAUGCUCAGAUAUUGGUUUUCUUCCUGCCGUAAAGUCCCCUUGCACAUGAACAUACCGAUAGUCUCUCGGGCAUCGUCCCUUUUCAUGUUAGCUUGGAUGAUAACAUAAUAGUGCAAUAAACUUACUUGGUGAUGUUGGCUCCGCCCGCGUGAUAAACGUUACCGAGGAAGAGCAUUGCAUCGCCUAUCUCCAGCUCCCCAGGGAUGGCCUCUUCGUCAAGUGGGCAUCUAUCGGGACCCCAGAGAUGACUCUUUGGGAUGACAAUAGUCGCACCAUUCUCUUUAGUCGUCUUAGUCAAAGCCUAGCGACGUUAGACAACCCGGAGUAUUCAGUGAAAGCAGGAUGGGUUUACCGUCACACAACCGAGCAUCACAGGCAUAUCGCAGUUCCUCGGAUGAUAAUCCGAAUCAUCUCUAUGAAGAGCCUGUUGCUUUCCACCAGGCUCAACGCGAAACCCAACAGCACUAGCAAGGUACGGCUUUCCAAAGACAGUCAACUGCUCUUGACCUUCCCAGUAUGUGUACUUGCUUCCCAGGACCUUUUCAGCAACAGACUGGAAUAGAGGGUUGAGGGCUAGUUCGACACAUGCGUCUGAGGUAGCGAAGAAGCCGGUUGCUCGCUUGGUGGUGGGGGGAAAGAAGCCAGAGUCAUCUUUGACAUCUGAGUCGAAUAGUGGUUUCAGGUCGCUUCGGAUCUGUUCACAUAGAGCCUUGGAAGCUAUGCCUUUGAUGAUCAAGGCACCAUCUCUCUCUAGGGCAUUGAUAAUGGUUUCUGGAGUUGUGUUGGGGUCGUUGGCAUGUAAUGUCGAGAUUGCGGUUCCAGCCUCUGUGGGAUAAUUUGAGGAAGGGCACAUGUUUGCGCCCAAUGAUAAGUUAUUAGACGAGGGCCAAUGACCUACAAUUGGAAGAGAAAUUUAAAGAAUUGCGGUAGCAAAAGAUGUGUCUUUUAAUACUUGCUUGCAAUCUAGUUCCUAAGC